AUGAAACUGCCCGUCGCUCUUCUCGCUUGCGCUAGCUUACUCCCUGGUGCCCUGUCCUUUUCGGAUGCAUGCAGGCAGGGUCUGCUAUACUGUGGCUCCACUUUGGAGAAGUAUAAUGGAUACUCGUCUUCGGAGCUCAUAGCGGCUAUCAGUGGCAAUCUGGACGCCCUUGUUAGACCCCAAGAUGCCCUCUUCCGAUGCAAAGAUUCGAGUGGUGGCAUUCAACUAAGUACAUUCUGCUACUUGGGUUGCACUAACCCCCCGAAUGGUGAUACUUGUGCUACUGGAGCUUAG